AUGUCCAACAUUCCGAUCGCCGACGAUCUUGCCCAGGCAUUCCAGCAGGCAGACCAGUCGGUGCGUGCCAUCCUCGUCCAGAACGAUGGCGGCUUCCUCAAGCUCGUCCAAAGUGCACCGCCCUCAAGCGCCGAUGUGAGCGACAAGGAUGAUUUCCUGCCGGUGCUCUCCAAGCUAUUCUCCAACGAUCCUCAGCGCAGCGGUUACGCCUUGUACCGUUUGGACAGCCAAUCAGCCUCGGGCGACUGGGAGUGGCUGUGCUGUUCGUACCAGCCAGACGGAGCCAAGAUCAAGGAAAAGAUGCAGUACGCUAUCACGCGAUCCUCGCUCAUGGCCGGUCUCACCGAACGCAGCUUUUUGGAAACCAUCUUUGGAGCGACACCCAAGGACUUUUUGUGGCCUACCAAGCUGCGUAACAGUCGAAAGCACGAUUACCAGAAUCCGCAGCUCAAGACGGCGGGUCUCGCUGCAUCUGAAGCCGCGGGCACUGGCUCGGGAGGCAAACGAAGAAACUUUGGCUCCGCCAGCAAGGCGAACCAGCUCCGAGGUACCGACGACACGGCAUCGACAUCCAGCUCCCACGACAACCAAGCCAACCUCGCAGCCACCUCGGGUGUGUCUGGUGUCAGCAGCACGGGAGGAGCAGAUGCCCAACGCCCAUCACCUGUUCCAGAAGCGGCACAGCCAUCCGUCGCUUCAGCUCCGACUCCAAGAAGGUACAACUCGCACGAGUUUACCGAUGCCUUUAAGAGCCCCUCGCCGCCUGCUCGGGAGGAGCCGGAGGACAGUACGGAACCCGAGCCAGCAUCAUCCGAGGACAAGGAUGCCAAUGCCAAGCAGUUCGAAGCCGAGACCAAAGCGCCCGCAGAACCCACCACGCCGCGUGAAGCCGCAGGCGAGACCGAAAGCCUCUCGCAACCGACGGUGCCGUCCGACUCGACGCUGACCGCAGCUGCCAACGUUGCCGCCGCGGUCGACGGCAAGGCGCCUGAAUCGAAAGUGACGGCGGCAGAGCAAGAGUUUGCGCAGUCCAAAGCACCGCAGGAGCCUCCUACACCUUCGGCUCAGACGUCGGCGCCGCUGUCACAACCAACACUGCCCACUUCGCUGGAGCAGGCCAGCAUCAAUGAGCCGACAUCGAAGAAAGAAGCGCCCAAGAGCUCCAUCUCGACCGGUUCCGGUACGGGUGCAUCCACGUCCGGCUUGACACAACGCGAAGAGGAGCUGGCCGACUUGCGGAGGCUGCAGGCGACCGAACGAGCUUCCACCGCGAGCAAUGGGGCUAGCAACGGCGCUGGUGGGCCUUCUGUCGGGUUCAAGUGGGGAGAUGGAGUGCAAGAGGCAAUUCAGGGACUCGCUUCGACUGCCUCGGGCACUUCCGAGUGGAAUCUGGUGGUGUUGGCCAUCGACCUGCGCAGCGAGAAGGUAGAGUUGGAAUCACCGCCUCGCUUUGUGCCGCCUGCCGAUCUGCCCUCGGCACUGAGCACCAACGACCCUCGUAUCGCCUUCUACAGGCUGGACAACGUGACGAUGCAGGCGUCGGGCGAGAGCGUGGUGGCGAUGCUCUACUGCUGUCCCGCAUCCAGCGGCGUCAAGGCGCGCAUGAUUUACUCGAGCAACGUGCUGAUCAUUCUCAACCAUGUCAAGAGCUUUUCGGGUAUGCGGAUCGUCAAAAAGCUCGAGGCGUCGGACAGGGAUGAUCUGACCCAUGCUUAUGUCUCAGCCGAGAUCGAAGAGGUUCUUGCACAAGAAAGACACAAGUUUGCUGGAACUGGUAUUGACGACGAAGCGCCACAGACGGUGACCAAGACCGAACCGACGGGCUUCUCCAGGCCCCGAAAGGCAGGCGCCUCGAGUCGACACUAA